AGAGAGUGGGAUGUCCGGCUUGGGAGGAGAACUUCUGCGUUUCACACGACAAAAGAGCGAUUUUAAAAUGGGUGAUGCUGAGAAAGGCAAGAAGAUUUUUGUUCAGAAGUGUGCCCAGUGCCAUACUGUGGAAAAGGGAGGCAAGCACAAGACUGGGCCAAAUCUCCAUGGCCUGUUUGGGCAGAAGACAGGUCAGGCCCCUGGAUUUUCUUACACGGAUGCCAACAAGAACAAAGGGAUCACCUGGGUAGAGGCUACACUGAUGGAGUAUUUGGAGAAUCCCAAGAAGUACAUCCCUGGGACAAAAAUGAUCUUCGCUGGCACUAAGAAGAGUUCAGAAAGGGCAGAUUUGACAGCUUAUCUCAAAAAAGCUACUACUGAGUAAUAGUUGGCCACUGCCUUAUUUAUUACAAAUGUCUUGUGACUUUUUUAUGUCUACCAUAUUUAAAUUGAUCUCAUAUACCAGAAUUCAGAUCAUGAAUGGCUGAUAGAGCAUUUCUUUGGGGCAGUUCUGAUUUAAAUAAUACUGGCUUGUGGCUAAAUGAUUACAAUCAGCUUUUUGAACUUUGAUGGUAAUCUGGGUUCAGCAACUGCUAUCACUAUUUUCCCCUUCUAAAAAUAUGACUGGACUCAGUUGGUAAUAUUCACCUUUUCACAGAGAUGGUGAAUGCUGUUUCAAAACCUGUAGGGGAUUGGUUUUUUAUUUAGAUUUAUGUAACUGCUAAUAUGAACAUUUUAAA